CGAUUCAAUUCUUUCUGGUGUCUCCGUCAAAAUAAAACAUCACCUUUGAUUACUUCAAUAACCACGACCCUCAAUACUCUCUCACUACAGAAAUUUUCAAAAAUGAGCAAUCCUCCCGACGAAGCCUCCAGUGGCUCUGCAACCCAACCCGAUGAAUCGGCGGUGAAAGCAGAUGCUAGCGUCUCCAAACCCGAGGUAAACGCCGCUGUCAAGAACGAAGAGGAAAUCGCCGCGUCCAACAGCAACAGCGGAGAAGAAGACGACGACGAGAAAUCAAUCMAAUCGGAAGGAGCCGACGAAGAAGAUGCAUUGUUUACUACCCUCGAAAAGAACGAGGAACAAGAGGAGGCUUCCCACCCCCAAAGCCAACCCAGCGACGCCAAGCAAGCGCCAAUGCUUCUUCAAUCGGCCAUAGCAAAGGGAGAUGUCAAAACCGAGRCCAAGCCCAAGGAGGACGAAGAAAAGAAAGGUGAAGAAUCUUCCGACAAUCAAAUCAUCCAUCAGAGGGUAAGUAACUUCAACAAAACAGAAGCAUUUGGGUCGAUUUCGUUCUCUCGAGAGCAACAAAGCGUGACAUCGCGUCUUAGUCUACGUCUUCCAACACAGAAAAUUUUGCGUAGUUGAACUUUUUUGACUCAUUGUUUGAUCAUGCAUCCUCAGUUUCCAACUCACAUUGCGAAAUAUGUUUUUCUGAUGUUUUGAAAUUGUGCUUCUCAGCAAAACCAACUCGACUUUUUGCUUUCAAAAGCCUCUGAGUACAGUAAUUUCAUCUCAAAUGAUUUGGAAGAAUUACAGAAUGCGAUGGUACGUUGCUACUAUCUCUAACUGUUGGUGCUGACUUUUUUCUUUCAAUUAAUCCCAUGUAAAGAUGAAAAACUUUACUCUAACCAUGAUUAUUCCAUCAUUUUAUCAUAUAAUCACAAUUCCGGCGUCGGUACCACAUCCCAUCGCAUCUCAAAACAGGCCGAGAAAGCUCGACAAAAAGCUGAAAAGGCUGAGAAAAGAAAGCGAAAAAGCUCGAAAGGCGGCUCCAAGAGUAGCAAGAAGGGAAAGGGGAACAGCGGGGAGGCAUUGAAAUCGGCUUUUGAAAAGGAUGCCGAGGCCCGCACGGGAUCGAAACCAAUCUUUACGCAACCUCCCAAUUUAACGAAAGGGUGCGUCCUGAAAGACUACCAGCUGGAGGGCGUUCGUUGGCUUGCUAGCUUGUACGAAAACGGUGUUUCUGGAAUCCUGGCAGACGAAAUGGGUCUGGGAAAGACUAUCCAGGUGAUAGGGCUGGUGGCACACUUAUUGACUCAGGAAGUUACGGGACCAUUCUUGGUGGUCGCACCGUUGGCAACGCUUCCAAACUGGGUUCGAGAAUUCGAAAAAUGGCUACCAAGCAAGCCUGUUAUGCGGUAUCACGGAGCCGCUCCGGACCGCGAGGCAAUGCUCAGGGGCCCGCUGAAUCCAAAGGAAAAGCGAGACAAGAAGUUUCCCGUCGUGGUUACGUCUUUCGAGACGGCAAUCCGCGAUCAGAAGAAACUGGGCAAGCUCGGGCCCUUUGCCUACGUUAUCGUUGACGAAGGGCAUCGACUGAAGAACCACCGUUGUAUGUUGAUUCGGUCGCUCAAACAGCUCGAUGCCUCCAACCGUCUGCUCCUCACCGGUACACCGAUCCAAAACACUCUAGACGAACUCUGGGCUCUGCUGAACUUUGUGAAUCCACAAAUAUUCGACGAUCUUAGUGUCUUCCAGUCGGUACGUCGAUAUUUUAUGUUCUGUGCAUUUUGUGAUACGUUCGAUGUCUUCUUUUGAAUUCGCUCAAAGGCACUUUUAUCUGUAUCAAAACCUAUCGUCUCUAAACAAUUACAUCAUAGUGGUUCGGAUUCAAAGGUACGUGUUUYCUUGGGAACCAACAAUUGUCGAUGAUUGUGCAUUCUGCAAAAUUUAUGUGAAUCGACUUCAAGAAAACUUACUCACACCCCUUUUUUCUWCUGUUUGGAUUCUACAGACAUUGGACAGAAAUCGCACAAUGGUACUAGCGAGGAAGACAUCAUGCUAGAACAGCGCAAAAAUAAGACGGUCACAAAGCUGCACGAAAUUCUCCGUCCUUUCCUGUUGCGCCGUGUCAAGGUGGAUGUGCUGAAGGAAAUGCCUCCGAAAAAAGAGGUAGUCGUCUACUCGGGUAUGUCAAAACUCCAGCUUGGGUACGCUGAACUUAUUGAGAAGGGGGUUCUCCGUGAUGACUUGUUGCGACAGGGGAUUAUGGAUGGAAAGAAUCUGAGCCAAACAAACAAGAUGAUGAAUCACCGAAAGAACGUCAACCAUCCCUUUAUGUUCGGAGAACCAUUGGAUCCAACGACGGGGUCUCACAUCGGGACACUUUAUCCCCAUCUAUUGAUUCGUGCAAGUGGGAAAUUCGCCUUGAUGGAUCGAAUGUUGAAUAGGCUACACAAAGGUGCGUGUUCCAUCAAUUUUCCUCGCUUUCUAGUACGGUAUGGCCUAUAUCUGCUUUCGCUGUCGAUCUCACACCCCUCGGUUGUUUUUGUCUCUUUCUUCCCCAUGACAUAACAGACGGCCACCAGGUUCUCAUCUUCAGUCAGAUGACCAAGGUUCUGAACAUCAUCGAAGACUACCUCAACUACCGUCACUGGAAAUACUGCCGGAUCGAUGGUUCCACCAAUAUCGAUGAUCGACAAGCGGCGAUGGACGUCUUCAACGCCGAAAAGACCGGAGGAAAGAACGGCGAGCGCAACCUUGCGGAUGACCGGUACUUUGUCUUCAUGCUCAGUACCAGAGCGGGCGGCCUGGGCAUCAACCUGACGAGUGCGGACACAUGCAUCAUUUUCGAUUCGGACUGGAACCCCCACGCAGACUCCCAGGCCAUGGACCGGUGCCACCGGCUGGGGCAGACCCGCCCCUGCGCCAUCUACCGCUUGCUGACGAACAACUCGGUCGACAUCGAAAUGAUGGAGAAACAGGUCUCGAAGAAGAAACUGGAGCGGAUGACCAUUGCCGGUGGUGACUUCCGCAAGGCGGGCAGGCGCUCCCAGGGAGAGAUGACCUUUGACAAGCUGCAGAAUCUUCUCCAGAGCGACAUCCAGGACCUGCAGGGCCGGGGCCAAGACAUCGAGGACAUCAGGAUUUCCGACGAAGAAUUCGAGCUGAUCAUGGACCGGACAAAGCUGUUCGCGGAGGGCAAGGAUGCGAUUCCCACGGAAGGGAAAAUGUACAACGUGAUCAACGCAGCGGGAGGCGACAUGCUGGGAGCGAUGACAACCUAAGAAUAGCAACGGCGCACUAAAACUAUCAAUAUGUAACGCAAAGUAAUGCAGCCUAAAUUAACACCAGGGAAUAAA